AUGGUAACAAACUCACUUUUCUAUUUAUGUAAUGUCAUAACCCUUCCCUUAUUUCCUUCAUCUUUGUACCCCCUAAUUUCACCUUCCACCUCCAUAAUUCCUCGCCGGAGCUUCUACACCUCAUCGUCUUGGACGCUGUGGAUAUCUUUUUGCUAUAAUAGGAUGUUGGAUCACCAAUCUGGCCAGGGGUUUGUUUCAGAUGGUGAAGCUGAAAAUUUUGUCGAACAACCUGUACCAGAUUCAGACACAUUAGAACCAUUCAUAGACAUGCAGUUCAACUCAAGGGAGGAAGCCAGAGAAUUCUACAAUGCCUAUGGUAGGCGGAUGGGAUUUACAGUACGAGUACACCAUAACCGACGUUCACGAGUAAAUAACCAGAUUAUUAGUCAAGAUUUUGUUUGCUCAAAAGAAGGCUUUCGUGCAAAGAAGUAUGUGCACAGAAAAGAUAGAGUGCUCCCUCCUCCACCAGCCACCCGAGAAGGUUGUCAAGCCAUGAUAAGGCUGGCUUUACGGGAUGAAGGGAAGUGGGUUAUCACCAAAGUUGUGAAGGAGCAUACACAUAAACUGAUGAGUCCUAGUGAAGUUCCACGGCGGAGAUCUGAGAAGCACUUGGUUAGUGAGGAUGAGAAAGAUAAGAGAAUCCGUGAGCUAUCGCUUGAGUUGUACAACGAAAGGCAGAAGUACAAACGACGUCGUGCAGCGUAUGAAGAACAGUUAAAUAUGAUUCUGAACGAUUUGGAAAAGCACACAGAACACAUCUCUAAAAAAGUUGCUGAUGUAGUCCGAAAUAUAAGAGAGAUUGAGGAAGAAAGAUCAGAUUCAAAAGGCAAGUAA